UUUCACCCAGUCUUUCUCGAUCACCAGUCCCAAAAUGGCGGGCCAUGUCGGUGUUUUCGUUUACUUGUUGUUUUAGCAAAUCAUCACGGCGCAUUCCAGCAUGAAUAAAUCGUUGAUUGUGCUGACUAUUUUGGUCGUCAUUUCUGCCGCCAUUGUGCAUCAAUUACACCGUAGGAUCUACUGGCAGGAUGUCCCCGAGGGACUUAAUCCUAACUCCACCUUCCCCUACCGUGUGAUCGGCUUUAUUUUCGGCGUAGCCAAAGACCUGGCAUGGCUAGGUGAGAGGCUCGGUCUACUGGACAGCUAUUACUUGGGGAUAAGAAAAUGUUUUGGUCUGACAGCUUACCUAACAGUCAACAUAACGUUCCAUGACCAAUUAGAGAUCAACAACACAGAGAUAUCUGGUACCAAAGUCAGGAUUUAUAAACCAGUGAACAGGAAUGAAGAGAAGACAGAAAAGGGAGAAGACGAGUUAAUGCCAGCAUUUAUAUAUUUUCAUGGUGGAGGAUGGACCAUAGGUUCUUUAGAUGCAUAUGACAUUUUUCUACGAAGAGUGGCAGCUUUAUCCAAUGUUAUUGUUGUCAGUGUGGCGUAUCGGCAGGCACCAGAAUAUAUAUAUCCCACCUCCAUGAUGGACUGCUACAAUGUUGCGAUAGAGCUGUUAAACAAUGGGUCCCAGUAUGGAAUAAAUGUCAAAAGGGUUAUGGUGGGAGGGGAUAGUGCUGGUGGGAACAUCGCGGCAGCUGUUACUCACAUCUUGGCAGGGGUUGCUGAGCGCCACUGUAGUAAGCAAUACCUAGCUGGACAGAUCCUGAUCUACCCUGCUCUACAGAUGUUAGACCUUAACCUCCCUUCCUACGUUAAGAGCAAGAACGAUCUGAUAGCAAGCCAGAGGGAUAUUGCAGACUAUGUCUCUCUAUAUCUGAAUGGAAGCACAGCUCUGGCAGCAGCCAUAUUGGCUGGUAACCACUCUAGGCAUCUCGAGAACACACGAUACAUGGCAUAUGUCAGGCCUAAGGGUAUACCUGAUGCUGAUGACAAUGAUGAGGAUGAUGAUAACAAGAAUGAAGUUAUCAAGAACCCAGAAAUGGAUCUGAGUGAAGCUGCUGCUGCGGCAAUAAUAGAUCCGGUAGCCUCUCCAUUGUUGGCCAAGACAUUCCGUGGAACACCCCAGACAUUGUUAAUCACUGCAGAAUUUGACCCUCUCCGAGAUGAAGGCUUUUUGUAUGCAGAGAGAAUAAAGUUAGCAGGGGUAGAACUUGUUCAUAAGCAUUAUUUCUCAUUUCACGGGUUUCUUACUUUAACCAGUGAGCCAUUGCCUCACCCAUUUAGCACAGAGGAAGGUCGUAAUGGCACAUGGGAUGUGAUUGAAUUCUUACAGAGAUUAAAAACAGCUGAUGAUUUAAUAGAAGAUUUAGAGUAAAUAUCACUUUGAUAGUGGUAGUUUUUACAUUGAAUUCAUAAAAGAGAUAUUAGGUAUUCUUUUUUAUAUUUUACAUUUUAGAAAUAUGUUAUUUCAAGAUGUCUUAGGAAAAAAACAUUAAACACUACUAUUACAUCUAUAUACUAGUAUAACAAUUAUGAUAGUUGUAGAGUGGUUUUUAAAAUCCAGUGAAACAAAAUGUAAUUGUUACAGUGCAAUAGUCACGCAAGAACAAAAGAUAACAAAGACAUUACAUUGUAUUAGUACUAAAUAAACUAAAAAGUAUUUCACAGGAUUUGGAAAACCACUCUAAUAUAUGUAUAUGUUAAUAGUACAACUAUUACCAUGCGUUUAGUUAAUGAUCUAAGCUAUCAAGUUCAUCUUGUUGAAGACUGAUAGCUGUACAAUAGUUAAAACACAAGAAUAACACUCAACACAACCAUUAUUAUGCACCAAAUGCAUUCUGUCAGAAACAUUUGAAUUUUGUAAGUCUAAGUAAACUACUAAAUCUUUGAUGGA